CAAGAAGAGUGCAGCUCUCAAGAAUAUCUUCAUGACAUGAUACACCAAAAUCUACUUCAGGGGCGUACAUGUUGUGAAAAGUUUGCUGUCUCAUAUAACGAUGUGCUAUAAGUAGAACCACUCAGGCGUCAUAAUGGACACCAAAUUUUCGUUUUUUGAUGCAAUCCCUCGCCGUUAAAAAAAUAGAAACUCAGCAAACUGGCACUAGCUAGUAAUAAUAGAAGUCGACGCGAGAUGAAGGUAGGAGCAAAAACCAAAAAGGCCUACUCAUAAAAAAGCUCAAGGGGCUCCUGCAGCAGCAGUUUUCUGCAUUAGUCUUACUAGUAGUCUGGAUCAAAAAUUGAUAGUUUUUUACUAUAUGCACAACUUCUAGCAACAAGACCAAGGCGAGUAUUAAUGUUUUCUUCUUCGCGAAUUUUCCAAGCAAAAACCAGCUCGAAUCGUUUUUCAUUUGUCUCUGAUGUCCGAGUUCAUCGUUUAGUUUCCUACCUCCUGUCAUCUUUAGAAGUAUAGGGAAGAAAACAAAAAAUCGUAUGCGGAAAGAAACUCCUCCUGCUUCGACGAGGAAGAAGAAGCAUCUCAAGUUGCAAGCCUCGUACUCAUCAUCAUCUUCAUACCAUCAAAUCGGCGGACUCGACGAUCUUCAUCAACACAAUUCUUACAAGCAUUCCUAGAAGAAGGUCGUGCGAACAAGAAAACUGGAAACCUAGAUGAGUAAAAAUCUUUGGUGUCUAUAAUCAAAAAGUCGUGACACCAUUUGCAUUUUUGAUCUUGAUGUCGAAACCGAUUCUUGAAGCAAUUCUUCUAGUCCGUGUGAAUAGGAAUCUUGAAUAUCAUCAUCUCCGAUUCGCGUUUGUCGCGAGCUUGUGUGCAUAGUACAACUCUGCAUCGUAAAAAUUUCCACAUCGUGUCGUCAAUCACCACGGUAGUUUCUCAUCGUGUGUGAGCACCGAUUUCGAUUUCGUUGUAAGUAUCGCCGGCGACCUUUAUAUCGUUCGGUCAGACACAGACCACCAGUAGUUUCUUUCGACAAAAAAAAAACACCAAAUGGCAACCGUAAACCCAUUCGUUUCCGGACCUACCGAGAUGGAUAUGCAAUGGAAAAUUUCUUGCCAUCUUCGUGAGCUUCAUCUUAUAUUAUGUGAUGUGAAAUAUGCAUUGCAAGUUGACCUUGACGGCGCUAAUGCUGUCAUCAGUAGUAUGCAUGCCAUUCUCUCGAAAAUGACGCAGUAGAAGAAGCGAAUAAUGGAAAGACAUUUUCUUUCGCAUAGAGAGCGACGAUCCGGACGCAAUGAUCUUGAUGUUUACGGGAUUGAAAUUCUAAGAGCUUCUUGCCUCCCCAAUAGAUGCAGCCGUGCGUAAAUUUCCGUUUCACAGACAAUCACGCAGUAGAAGGAUACAUAGCGCAUGAGAAGUGCAUGAUCGGGGGCAAGAAGCAAGUAAAAUUUCUCUUCCCCUCCAUAGCCCCUAUCAACUGUAAAAGUGUCUGGGUCUGGAAGAAUGCCAGACUUGUCAUGCAGAUUUUACAUGACUCAUGAGGUCUGGUAUCUAGGACAGAGCAUGACAGAUUCUGUGAGAGUUCUAUCAUGCCUCUCCUGCAUGGGAAACUGCCUCUCGAUUAGGUCAAAAGUGGACAGCUUUUGGUAAUCAUGCAACACAGAUUUUUGCAUGCUUCAGAUUUAGCAUGACAAGUUGCAGUCUUCCAGACCCAGACAUUUUUACAUUUGAUAGCCCCUUCGACGGAGCAAUUCCAGUUGCGUAUGACAGAGAAGAAAUCAUCUCCCACAGUUCUUCAAGGGCGGACGAAGGAACCGAGUCUAGUGCAACUUCUCUAUUUUUUUAACAAGAACAUCAUCAAGGUAUGUACUUCAUAUGCUGGUUCUUGUUCAUACUAGUUUCUCUACUACUUAUCCCCGAGGAGCUCCUGCCGUCGUCCAGGGUUGUGAGUCAUCUAGGGCAAGUUCGAGUAUUGUCGGGACGACAAUCAAAGCUCCUUGAGCUUUCAGCAGGUCCAGCACAUAGAGAUAGAAGUAAGUGCAUGGGCAAAAAUGAAAGUUUAUUUUUGUACUUUCUUUCUGUUUCUCUUUCUCUUUGUUCCCGAUGCCGAUCCCGUCUAGAGAUUUAUCCCAUUUUCAUAAGUCAACCGAAGAAGAAGACCUCCGACUUCGCCGAUCGGUCAUGCGAUUUGCCCACUCUGCUGGUUGACACAGAACCGGACGUAUGCCUUGCAAGACGAGUAUCGCACUGGUACUAAUAAAUUGCAGAUCAUAUUAUACGUGACAAAUCUUUUUCCUGAGGAGCUAAAACAGCAUAUGCAGAUUCCAUUUGUCAUGCUGACCCAAUUUUUCGUAGUAAAUCAAAUGCGAUUUACAACUAGCGCGAUACUUUUGCAAGGCAUAGGACGUGGACCCCGAGCUGGCUGCACUGGAGUUAUCCACUCGGGAAAAAAAAAGCCAAUCGAAAGAUGUUCUUGAUUGUAUACGAAAAUACAGUUACAGUCGGUGCAUGAUAUUUUCGUAUUUUUUUGAUGCAUUUAUUUCAUGCCAGGACAUCAGAUUUUCACAUGGUUGUAAGUGCCUCUGAUGUUACAACUGCGCUCCCUGUUCUUGUGCUAUGAUUAUGAACAUCGUGAGGUGGACAUCACAUCAUCGAUUGGGCCGCAGCAUUUCUCGUCGUGCAUAUUCCCGUGGAAAGUCGCAGUCUUCCAAUUGCAAUUCAAACGGCGAUAUCAAAUGCAAAAAUGUCUGGGCCUGGAAGGAUGCAAGGUCUGUCAUGCACAUUUUGCAAUGAGUCCUGAUGUCUGUGAUGCAUGCCCUAGCAUCACAGAUUUCAAAAGGGCUUUCUGAUGCCUAUACCGCAUGAGAAAUGCCCUCUCGUAAUGGAAAAAACUGGACUUCUUCUGCUGUUAAUGCAAUACAUAUUUUUGUAGAAUGCAGCUGCAGCAUCACAAGUUCGCAUCCUUCCAGACCCAGACAUAUUUGCAUUUGAUAGGUGACGUGCUCGGGAAAGACCUCCAAGUACCAGAGAAGUAGUAUGGGACAGAAAUUAAUAUAGAGUGCGUGGUUCGUCGUGUAGCAUUGCAGAUGCAAAGUAGAAGACUGGUGUUUGUGUACUUUGUCAUGCCCGCCGAAAGAGACAACAACCAUAAUCAUAUGAAUGGGUAAGAAAUAGAGAAAUGACAAAAUGGACUUUCUGUGUUGUUUGUCAUUCCAGUUUUUGUAGUUCGGCACGGCUAAGUGGAGGAGUACAAAUGCUUAUAUUCUUAUAUUCAUGUGUAACCAAAAUCGGUGCUGCACCCCCGCAUGACAAAAUCAAACACAACUACAUGUUGGAACAUGCUGCUAGUAUGCUACAAAAUACGUUUCCCUCCCAUACCCUUCUUUCUCUCCUUCUCGGUCCGGAAGAGCAGACCCUGACGAAAAUAAAAAAACACACCAGCACCGAGGUACAGGAUUUUUUUUUUUGCGUGUUAGUCUCAAUAUGUUGCGGGAAGAUGCAGUAUUAGACACUGACUUUGUAUUCCAUGAUCCUUUGGUGAUGUUGUCAAUUUAUUAAGCUGAUGAUGGCGAUUGUUUGUGCAAAAAAAAAAGGACAUCGACUCUCUCACAGAUCCACAUCAGCAAUUGUGAAAACGGGUACGCCACUGCGCACAUUUUUAUGCCGGGAAAAGAGCUGCUGAUUUCGAAUCAAGGAAGAGCCCAAAUUUAGCAAAAUCAGCUGCAGAAGAUUUCAAAGCCCGGGAUACAUAGCCGGGUUCUGCCUUGUUAGAAAUAGGUAGGUACUUGCUUCUCUUGUGGGUACUGUGUUUCGCACUCCAUCAACGAGAUGAAAAAGUAUUGGAAAAGUUCGUUGAAGAAGAAAAAUCGUGCAGCUGUUUUGUCAUGGAAAAGCUACCUACAUUGUGUCAUGUAGAGCCCCUUAUGGUGAAGUAGCUCUAACUUCUGUGAAGAUUCGCAAUCUGCAUCUCUUUUGCGGCGCCAUACUCCCCGGCAAUUGUGAGGGUGUUGACCAUACGAAUUGGAAAUAUGUCUGGAUCUGGAAAUAACCCGUCGUGCUAUCUUCAUGCGGACGAUGGCAAGCACAUGUCAAAGUCAAUAUAAUUACGGAGAGCUUCUACUAAUGUGCAUGACACCACGUUUUCUGAAGUCCACUCGGUUGCUGCAGACCUCAUUCAUGGUUGCUGCAAAUUCCAAGCAAAUUCCUAAGGGGUGGCACUUGAAAGGCAGGAUGGCCAAUAAACGUAGCCAGGGGCCUCGCCACGAAAGGAAUCCGAAAGGGCAAAAAGAGAGCUUCUGUCUGUUCCGUCUGGCGUAUUUGCAGGCCACUGGCGCAGAAUUUGUGGCCCUUGUCGGGCCCCACGCGCAUGGUAAUAUUGAAGGAGAGGCCUGCAGGGCUUCCGAUUGUUAUUGCCCUGAGAGCCCACGAAGUGUUAUCUUGUUGCGUGUUGGCGCUUAGGCGCCCACUCCGGGUAUCGUUUCUGCCCCACGACACAAUAUCGGCCCACCUGGAAAAGAAGACACAGCGAUACAUAAAAGAUACACAAAGAACAGCCGGGAGCCAGGGCUACAAAACAUCGCGCAGGUCUACUCAAUGGGGCAAUAUUGCCUGGGCGGGGUACGCAGUGCCCUGCUGGCAAUUUUCGAGACGCAAAAUUCCACGAAAUUCCGCUUUUACUUAUCUCAUCGGAACGCGUCGCAGUGAACUAAUGUGCAUGACGCCACGUUUUCUGAAGUCCACUCGGUUGCUGCAGCCCUCAUCUGCGCAUACAAAAAUCGCGUUUUUGCCUCAAAAAGGAGCACUACCGUUUUUGCGAAACAUGCAUCACACGUCCCAGCAGUUUUUUAUUUCUGCUACUUAGUCCAGCGAGCAUUAAAACGAAAAGUCUGGCAUUCUGUCAGUCGACCCAGACACAUAUUUGCGAUGCAUAGACCACGCCGUUGCGGUUAUCCACAAGAUGGUCACCAGCUGUAUGGAAAGUGAGGAGUUAGAAACGCAAGCAGGAUGCUUAGCAAAGUUGUAGAUCAUGUGGAGCAAGAUUUCUCUUUCUGUUUCUCCUGUACUACUUAAAACAAUUUUACAGAAGUUACUACAGUAGUGCCACGUGUAGUACUGCAUCUGCAGCAUGGUGCGGCCGCAGUAAUAUCUUCUCAUGCGCAGCAUUAUUUAGGUCGUGGAGCCUUACCUGACUCAUACUCACUUUAGCAGCAUAGGAAGAUGUAGUUGUAGUGAAUGACUGGAUUUCUCAUGUGCAUGCAUGGCCGUUACAGCAUGGAAAAAAGACGAAUCAAUAUUUCGUAAAAGUAGACCACGACGAUCGUUAUGUAGAAGAAGGAGUUCUAGAAUCACAUUUGUUUUCUCCUCCUCCAUUUUCCUCACCAUAUCUUGUGCCCAAGAGACCCGGGCGCCCUCGCAGAGAACAGGUAUAGUUAGCACUUUUUUGGUACAUCGAAAAACUGUAAUAUCUCGUUUGUCGUGCAUGAAAAACUAAUUUCUCGCUCCUGUUCCUCGUCCAACAUGAAAAACUGAAAUAGACUAUUCUUCCCAUUAUGCAUCGUAUUCUUGCGAUAAUUUCCGUCCUCAGAACCGCGGCUGGUCCACGAAGUGAGUCCGCAAUUCGAACGGAUGCCGGGCCUCGAGUUUCUAGCAGAGGACAAAAAUGAUCACGAUAUCAAAUGCAAAAAUGUCUGGGUCUGGAAGAAUGCAUGUUUGUCAUGCUUGUCUGGCAUGACUCUUAAAUCUGUGAUGCACGUUGCCCAAGAGCCGCACUUUUCUGCCAUGCGGAGACGCAGUUUGUCAUGCAGAAUAGGCAACACCUACAAGCUUAGAAAUUUGUCAUGCUGAGCCAGCACUUGUGGCCUCCUCAUGCUACGCCACUCAGCAUCACACGUUUCCAGACUCAGACACUUUUGCACUUGAUACACGAUGCUGGUGAUCAACAUCUGCAAGAGGACGAGGACAUUGCGCAGCAGGAUUUAGUUGAGAGGCACCAACUAGAAGAGGUGGACGAGGAUCCAGUAGACCAGAUCGGUAGUAUGAACUGCAAAACUAUCGUACUCGUAUAAAUGCAUGACAAAUUCCCUCAGCAUGAGAGAUAAGAUUUGUAAUGCGGAUGUACCUUGAGAAAAAAAUUUGUAAUGCAUGAUUGCAAUACGAGUGCGAUACUUUUGACAUGCAUAGGUAGACAGCACGAGCAACUCCUCGGCUCGGCACAGCUAUCGAAUGCAAAUAUGUCUUGGUCCUCUGGAAACUUGUGAUGUUGAGUGGCGAAUCAUGAGGAUGCCAAAACUGCAGGCUGAGCAUGACAAGUCUCUGCGUCUCUAGGUGUUCGCGUUGUCUAAUCAGCAUGACAAACUACGUUUCUGCCUGACAGAGAGGUGAGCUAGGCUUUGGGCAACGUGCAUGACAGACUUAAGAGUCAUGCUAGUCGAGCAUGAUAGACUUUUUACAUUCUUCCAGACCCAGACGCAUUUGCGGUUGAUAACAGCUGUUGCAAGACGACGCCCGGAGCACCGCGGACGAGUGCGACACCUCGAAUGAUCCGCACAUCAUGUAUCGUGAGAAGAAAGUGUUAACAGUGACACACGACUCUGAUGCAAGACCAGCAAGACAGACAACCUCUGUCAUGCAGGAAAUGCUUUCCAGCCCCAUUUCAUGCGCGUUUUCCCUAUACAGUCUGUGGCUGUGCAUCACAAGGUUUCUUUGCCAGGAAUAAGGCAACUUUGUGAUGCUGAAACUGCAACGAAUGUGUAACUGUAACACUUUUUUCCUGUGAUAUCAUGUUCAACAACCACAGUAACAACAGCAUGUAUCCCACGAAAAAACUCUUUCGCUGUGAACUUGUGAUGCAGAAAAUGGAAUACAGAACUAUUUGUCUUGCUACACCUGCAUAGAGCAUUGGAGGUUCAAGUGUGUUCCCCCUUGGAAAGCGCGCAUGACAAAUUUUCACCAGUGUUAUGUGUAACAAACUUGUGAUGCAGAUCUUGCAAAAUCAUCACAGUGAAACAGUUUUUUCGUGCGAUAGCAUGUCCACCGAAAAUAUGAACUCCACCAGUUCUGGUCAAAACUCGUCGGGUAUUCUGAGGAAAAAUCCCCCCUCCCCAUAUCAAAAUGGAAAUUUGUGUUGCUGCUUUGUGGUCACAAAUCAGAUUUGUCUUGCUGGAAGUGCUUGGCGGUAUUUUCCAAGCCUGUUCGGGUAUGCAGAAGGCUAGCAAUCAGGCAUGGAAAACAGGUUUACAGUAGUCGAAAGCGCAUCACAGACUGGCUGUAGAAUGCGCCACCGGGCUCCUAUGACCCUAUAGGCAAGACAAAGGCGAUUUGUGGCCACAAAUCAGCAUCAGAAAUUUCCAUUUUAAUAUGGGGAGGGGAGAUUUUUCACUUUGAUAUCGGGCACACCAACGUCUCACCUCGUCCACACCACUGGCGGUCCACUAUCCUGUGCAAAAGUAUCGCACUCGUAGUAAUUGCAGUCAUGCAUUACAAUUUUUUUGCUAAAGGUAAAUCCGCAUUACAGAUUUUAUUUCUCAUGCUGAGGAAAUUUGUAAUGCAUUUUCAUUUAUUAUACGAGUGCGAUACUUUUGCAUUGCAUAUCCACCUCCUUCUACCAACGGACCGGUGAGUGGCGGUGGUGGACAAGAGCUAGGCGCACCUCCACUGGCUCCGGGUGCCCCUGGUUUGGUUCCCGGAGCUCCCGCUCCUGGCACUACGACUACGACGUCCACGGGUGGUUUUUGGAGCGCGACUUUAACUUAUCGUGUGCAAAAGCAUCGUACUCGUACUAAUCGCAGUCAUGCAAGACAAAUCUCAUUUUCAAGCUAAAUCAGCAUGACAAAUUCCGUUGGUCAUGCUGAGCUAAUUUGUGUUGCAAUACUACGAGUACGAUUCUUUUGCAAUGCAUAUAGCUACUGCGGGCACAACUGUUGGUAACUCUAGCAGUAGUUGUUCUCCAAGCCUGCCCCCAGCGUCCAACUCGAGCAGUUCGCCAAGCCUACAACAACCAGGAUUAUACCACCAGCAGUUAGGUCCUGCUGGAGGUGCAGCGCAGGCGCACCACAUGAGAGGCGGCGGCGGAGGUCCUCCGCCACUGCCGGGCGCGGGCGCGGCGCCGGGUGGUGCUCAACAUCUUCAUGCCCAACAACACCAACACGCUGGCGCAGCAGGAGGAGGAACUACUGCUGGAAUCCCGCAUCAGCAACACCAGCUACAACAGCAUCAUCACCAACAGCAGUUUAACACCACCCCCGGAGCAGGUGGGCCGGGCCCAGGCACAGGAGCUCCCGGGGGCGCUCCACCACCACAUCUUCAUGUUGCGCAGCAUCAAGGAGGACAGCCGCAGCACCCGCCACCUCCAACGACGCAUCAUCAUCAGCAUCAACAGCAGCCCUUUAUCAAAUGUAACAAUGUCUGGGUCUGGAAGAUUGCCAGGUUUGUCAUGCACAUUUUGCAUGACUCCUGAAAGCAACUACAUUACAUCUUGCCUCACUUUUUUAAGAUGGGUUUUUUCGUACUUCGGACUGUGCCAUAGUAGAUGACUUUACCGCUUUUUUACUGUUCUUUUAUCCCUCAGCGCUGGUGGGUCUGCCGACAAAGUUAUCCCUAGUACUCAGAUGGCUACAAAGCUCAUCCCGCAGCCGUCCCAGGAGCUCUUGUGACUGUCUCUUGGUAGUGAUCGCUUUGCCCGUGCUUAUUCCACUCAGAGUUUGCUGGGUAGGUGGCUACCGUUUUAAGUUUAUAAACGAAUGGGACGCCCUGCCCUUAGCCUUCCAACAUGACUCCUGAUGUCUGUGAUGCAUGCCCUAGCAUCACAGAUUUUGUGAGGGCUUCCUGAUGCCUAUACCGCAUGGCAAAUGCUCUUUCCGUGUAGCAAGACUUGGACUCUAUUUGCUGCGCAUGCAAUACAGAUUUUCUUAGAAUCCAAAAUCAGCAUGACAAGUUGGAUUCUUCCAGACCAGACAUUUUUACAGUUGAUACCCUUGCUGCAGCCGCAUCAUUGUGCAACGCCGGGCAACGGACCCGCCUCGUCAUCCUCGGGACCAAGGAACAGCGGUGCUGGAGGUAAGUACUUUUGAUGUAGGAUCUUUGUUCAUGUUCUUGUUCUUGCGUGCGACUGUGGCAAAAAUUAUCGUCUAGCACAAACACCAUGAUGAUUCAUUGUAGUUGGCGGCAACAAUUUAUAAGCACGUCGACAAAGUAAGUAGGACGUCGACGACGAUACGUAUGAUGAAAACAACAAAAUUUCUACUUCAGUGUCUUUCCCACCACCCCCACUGGGAUCUUGUUCCGCGGCAACAUCCGGUGCACCAGCAACGACUACAACUCCGACGGUAAUGCAGCAGCCGGGAAGCGGCGGCGGCGGGGCGGGGGGUGCACAGCACCCGCAAGGAGGACCUCUAUCCACAGUAAAUUUAUUCUCGUACUGCAAGUACAAAACGGAAAUGCAGCACAUCAAACUUCGUGGCCCACCUACAGCAUGCCACGACUUGAUGUCUUAUGCUAAGUAGCGAACAAUCGAAGGCAUGUUUUGUCAACAUACAGAAAGAACCGCAUUUUUUGUAAGUCUGCGGGAAGAUUUCGAAAAUAAUUACUGUGGAUAAAAACCUCACCAGCACCAGCAUCACGUGACCAACAUGCCGCCGCGUGGGCAGCCGCUCUCGUUCCGUGACCGAGACAACGCGGCCGCGGCCACGGCCGGCGGUAUUUCCCUCCGCGAGCUGCGCGACAGGGAGAUGCGCGAUAUCAACCGCAAAUAUCUCUGGGUCUGGGAGAUGAUUGUGACACUUGUCAUGCUAGUCUGGCAUGACUCUGAACUCUGUUUUGCGUGGCCGCGAAGAGCUUCUCUUGCCUGUCAUGCAAAAUGGAGCUUCUCAUGCGGAAUAUGCAACCCAGAACAACGGAAAAACUUGUCAUGCUUGGCAGCGCAUUGCAGUGUGCUAAGUAUUGCCUUCCUUGCAUCACAAGUUUCCAGACCUAGACCUAUUUGCAAUCCAUACGCGACCGGGAGCUGCAAAUGCGGGACCGCGAACUGCUCAGCUUUCGCGACCGGGCGGAGCUGAUGCGAGACCGCGAAAUGGAACUGCGGGACCGAGAACUGCGAGAACUAGAGCAGCUGCACCUGCAACGCGAACGCGACCGGGAACUGAUGGCCGGCGCGACAGCCGGUGGUCAACAUCACCAACAGCAUCUACCGCCCUUGCACCAACGCGGCGGGCCUGCGGAUCACCAGUUUUUUCCCCGGGACAGCCGGGACCUAUGCACCGCAAAAGUAUCGUCCUAGUAUAAAUCGCAUGACAAAUAAAAAUAAUUUCCUCAGCAUGAUGAGAAAUGAAAUUUGUAAUGCGGAUUCAACUUAACAACGAAAUUCAAAUUUGUAAUGCACGAAUACGAUUAGUACGACUUUUGCAAUGCAUAGGACCAACAGCACAGCGACUUUCUGAUGCACCGGGACCAACGAGAACACCACCAGUUACCGCCCUUCAGCUAUCGAAAGGAAAAAUCCCCCUCCCCAUAUCGAAAACGAAAUUUGUGAUGCUGUAUUUGAGGUCACAAAUCGACUUGUCAUGCUAGAAGGCCAAGAGGCGCAGUCGUGGCCUCGUUUACAGGCAAUUUGUCAUGCUGUUUCCCACUCUCAGAUGCCUCCUAUCAUGCUGAAGAUGGAAGGCUUCCCCACGCCACCCAGCACUACAGUCCGCAUCUUUUCCCGUGUAGCAUGACAAAGCUGAUUUGUGACAACAAAUCUGCAUCACAGAUUUCCGUUUUGAUAUGGGGAGGGGGGAUUUUUCCUUUUGAUAUCAGCAGCAAGUACGAGCACUCGCACCCGUACAGUCGCGCCGGGGCACCCGGGGGCCCGCCCCUCGUGCAUCCGGGGAGCAGCAGUUGCGCGGGAGGCGCCGGUGGUGGCCAGCACCCCCCGGGAGGAGGAGGACCACCACAACAUGCACCCCCCCCUUCGCAUCAUCAUCCCUACCAGUCGGGCGGUCGAGGUAUCAAAUGCGAAAAUGUCUGGGUCUGGAAGAUUCUGAGACUUGUCAUGCACGUUUUGCAUGAGCCGUGAUGUCUGUGAUGCAUGCCCUAGCAUCACAGUUUUUUUGCCGGCUUCUUGAUGCCUAUUCCGCAUGACAAAUGCCCUCUCCGCGUAGCAAAAAACGCGCUCCCUUUGCUGCUCAUGCAAUACAGAUUUUUUUGGAAUCCAAAUGCAGCAUAACAAGUUCUAUUCUUCCAGACCCAGACACUUUUGCAUUUGAUACGAGGCCCUCCCGGCGAGAAACCGUAUAACCUGCUCAGGUGUUACAAUCUCAAACGUUGCAAUAAAAUGUGGAAAUCUGUGAUGCAAGAAGUGCAUGACCUCACCUACUCCCACAGAGUUGCGCAUGACAACAAGUUUCGGAGCUCUACACCGCACUAGAUGAAUCUGGCGAAAUUUGUAUUGCAGAAAGUGGAUGAAUUAUGCUGUCCGGGUCUGUCAUGCUCGUCAUGCUACACAAAAUUUGCAACGCUUGAGAUUGUAACGCUUGAGCAAGUCAUAAACCGCUUCCGUCGUUUCUGGAGCAGGCACGGAAGCACCACAACUGCCACGACUGGUUCGAAGUGCCGCAGAAAUACUUGGGCCUGCUAUGAAAUGCAAAAAUGUCUGGGUCUGGAAGAAUGGAAGGCUUGUCAUGCUUGUCUGGCAUGACCCAUGAUGCUUGUAAUCCAUGACCCAGCAUCACAGAUUUUUGGAAAGCUUCCUGAUGCCAUUUCCGCAUGACAAAUGCCCUCCUCGCGUAGCACAAAUGUGGCUCCUCUUGCUGGUCAUGCAAUACAGAUUUUUUUAGAGUCCAGAGUUAGCAUCACAAGUUGCAACUUUAUUCCAGACCCAGACAUUUUUACAAUCCAUACCUGCUGAUCGGCCGCAACGGGGACGCGAUUCGGCGGUACCGCCAGUUUGCCACGGAGCGCGGCAUGAACAUCAUCGUCGACCAACCACAGAAAAUUAUCAAAUGCAAAAAUGUCUGGGUCUGGAAGACAGUAACCUGUGAUGCUAAAUCUGAAUCAUGCUAAAAUCUGUGUUGCAUGAGUGCCAAAAGCUGUCCACUUUCGACCAAGUUGGGAGGGGAUUUCUCAUGCACGAUAGGCAUGACAGAGACCUGGCAGAGUUUGUCAUGCUAGGUCCCGCAUUCCAGACCUCAUGGGUCAUGGAAAAUCUGCAUGACAAGUUGCAUCCUUCCAGACCCAGACAUUUUUGCAUUUGAUAAAAAUGGCCCUGUCCCGGUCUGCCAUGCAAGUGAACGGGGGACACCUCAUACGAAUUGCAAAACUAUCGUACUAGUAGAAGUCGCAUUACAAAUUUCCUCAGCAUGAGAAAAAGAAUCUGUGAUGCGGAUGUACCCUAAGAAAAAGAUCUGUCGUGCAUAACUGCAAUUAGUAGUACAGUAGUACGAGUACGAUACUUUUGCACAGGACACCUCACGCAGGCGGACUUGGAAAGGAUGGGGCCCGGAACCGUCCACAUCACGGGUAACGACUAUCCUGAGUAAAAACGUCCCCACACCAGAGUUGUAAUGCAAAUCUGCAUGCUGAAAAUGUUUCUCAUGCGGAGACCCAUGAGAAGCAGUCUCUCGUCGUGUUGUGGGAUUUGUGAUGCUAGAAUCAGCAUGAUAUGCUAGAUCUGUGAUGCUGCAGAACAAGCUAAACAGGAUUUCACUGCGAGGCCAAACUUGUCAUGCGCAGCAGCAAAAGCUGACAGAUUUGUCUAGCAGAUUUCCCAGCUUGACUCUGGUGUGGGGACGUAGUUUUUACUCAGGAUAACGACCUGGCCAACAUCAUUUCCCUCAAGGCCGACAUGCAACAGAAUCUGUUCAAAGCCAUUUCCACCCUGGACACGCAGAAGGGAGGCGGCGGGUCUGGCGGCGGGUUUUCCUCCUUCGGCUCGUCGUUCGGCUCCAGUGGAGGACCGGGAGGCGGUGGCGGAUUCCACAACGCUAUGCAUUGCAAAUAUGUCUGGGUCUGGAAGGAUGCAAUUGCAAACUUGUGAUGCGCAUUUUACAACACGUAAAAAUCUCUCAUGCAUAGGCAGCAAAGGUUGCCCACUUUCUGUCACAAAAAUGGGGCAUUCGCAUUUGUCAUGCAGAUUCGGCAUUGCAGAAGCUUCUCGAAACCUGUUAUGCUAGGGCUUCCAUGCUAGACCUUCUGUGUCAUGCAAAAGCAGCAUAACUCUUCCAGACCCACACAUAUUUGCACUGGAUAAACGCCUCGACCACCAACCCGCUGCAUUCCGGGGGUUUUGCGAUCGGAUCCGGUCCCAGUUUCCUGAAUAUUGAGAGGAAAAAUCCCCCCUCCCCAUAUUGAAAACGCAUUCGUCUGAAAAUUUGUGAUGCAGAUUUGAGGUCACAAAUCCUGUCUCUCCUGCGGGAAGGCAAAGCCAGAGAGCCCGCCGCAUUAUGCCGGCGGUUUGUGAUGCUGUUGGGCUUACAGCGCCGACAUCUGUCAUGCUAGUCCCCUACGUCAAAACCUCUCGGCCCAGGCUUGGCAUCUGCCUGCAGUUUUCUCCAGCAAGACAGACCCGAUUUGUGUACGCAAAUCCAGCGCCAGAAACUUAGUUUCGAUAUGGGGAGGGGGGAUUUUUCCCUUUGAUAUUGAACGGGCCAUCGUUUCGAGGCCCCCGCGGGGGAGGACGCGAUCCGCACUUGCGAGACCUAUCGAACGCAAAUAUCGAUCUGGGUCUGGAAACUUGUGAUGCUGAAUGGCGAAGCAUGAGGGUGCCACAAGUGACGGCUCAGCAUGACAAGUUUCUGAGAGGCAAGGCAUUGCCUACUCAGCAUGACGAGCUGCGUUUUUGCAUGACAGAAAGCUGGGGCUUAUUUUAUUGGGUAACUUGCAUUACAGACUUGAGAGUCAUGCUAGCGGAGCAUGAAAAACUUGCAUUCUGCUUCCAGACCACCCAGACAGAUUUGCAGUUGAUAAGACCAGCACCGCGACCACUUUCCGUUUGGUCCGUCUAGUGGCAGUAUGCACUGCAAAAGUAUCGUACUCGUAUAAAUGCAUUACAAAUUUCCUCAGCGUGAGAAAUAAGAUUUGUAAUGCGGAUUUACCUCAAGAAAAAAAUUUGUAAAUGCAUAACUGCAAUACAACGAGUACGAUACUUUUGCACAGGAUAGGCAGCUCCUUCGGCGGUGGGCCCGAUUUUGGCGACCCGAGAGCUGGGCCUCCGAUUGGCUUGGUAUCCACAGAAAAAAUAACCCCAUCCCCAUCCAUUUUUUGCAUGACAAACACAGAACUUGAUACGUGUUCUGCAUUACAAUUUGGAUGUGGGUGGGUGUUUUUUCCACGAGGAUACUUGGACCCGAGAAACUACGCCGUUGCCCAGUCCCAGCUCUUCAGUAAAAAACGCAGUUGCAUUUAUUUUGAAUUUUAUCCAACCUAUUUUUUUCGAUGGAAUACAACAACCGUAGUUGUGCACCAUAUGGUGGCAAGCUGACCCAGUCGUGCAUCAUGUUUUGCGGUGCUUGUAGCUGAGAACGUAAAGUAUAAUGCGGAUUAACAGACGAUCAUGCAUCUUAUAAUUUCCACCACGACCACCACGCUCUACAACUGCAUAAUUUUGAUUGCAGAGAUUGAUCUCAUCCACAUGGUACUUCCUAUUGGCGCGGCUCUCUGGUAAGAACUCUAUCACAGCAUGUCAUCUGACACACACCCCUUCUACAUCAACGACCACAGGUGGACGCAGUCGCACGGCUACGGGCACGACAGACGGUAUGGGAGUGUCAGGAUCGAAAGUGUCAAAGUUGAAAGAAUCUGUAAUGCAAAAAACCGAUACCAGCUGGAGCCCAGUUUGCAAGCGGCGCAUGACGAAUUUUGGCAGCAUGGAAAUCCAAUCUGUCGCGCUGUUUGAGCAGAGACGAUUGCUUUUGUCGUGCUAUUUUAGCAGCUCUAUGUAUAAUCUCACACCCCAAACAGGCUUGUAAUCGGCCUCAGUUGCCUGCUCUGCAAGACAAGCGCUUUGCGUCUAGCAUUUUAUGCAUCACAAACUAGUUCAACUUUGACGAUUUCAAUCCUGACACUCCCAUAGACGGCGACCGGCGGGGAAAUCCGGGCGGGGUCGGUGCGGGAGGAGCUCCACCGAUGCGGCAGCAGAACGGUACCGGUGGUAGUCACCACAACGUCAACGUGGGAGGUGUAGCUCCUUCUCGAGGUGGCAUGCUGAACAACCCCAAUCCCAUGGGAGCCUCCGCUCCAGGCGUGCCGAGCCGGUCGGGACCUUACGGAACCAACAGUAUGGGGAAAGCCGCUGCGCUAUGGAUUGCAAAUAUGUCUGGGUCUGGAAGAGUGGAACUUGUGAUGCUACCUCUGGACUCUACAUAAAAUCUGUAUUGCAUGAACAGCAAAAGAGGUGUGUUUUGUACUACGCGGAGAGGACAUUUCUAAUGCGGCUUGAGCAUCAGAGAGCACUCGCAAAAUCUCUGAUGCUAGGGCAUGCAUCACAGACCUCACGGGUCAUGCAAAAUCUGCAUGACAAACUCCUGCAUUCUUCCAGACCCAGACAUUUUUGCAAUGCAUAUGCGCCCGGUGUCGGUGGUGGCCCGCCGAGUCACGGAGGUGGAUCUUCCCUGUUUGCCGGUCCUAGUAUGAAACUGCACAACUCCCCCUCGUCCCCCUCAUUUGUCAUGCAAAGUGCCUAGUUUACGCCUUGGCUCUUGGCACUGUUUGCAUGACAAGUUCUCGCAGCCCCAAUAGCACUACACUCCUGUCUAAAUUUGUCAUGCAGGAAAACCUGUAUUCUUGCUGACGCUUGUAUUGCUGUUCAUGCAAUACAAGUGAGGGGGAGGGGGAGUUGUGCACUUUCAUACCUAGCUCUUAUCCCGCAGAAACAUGAUCGAGCUGUUUCUUUGUUCCAACGGAGUGCCACAUUUGACAAAGUUCUUAUAGAAUGUGGAUAUAAAUCUAGAAUUCAAAUAAAAUACGCGCAACCAACACACCGCUCUUUGCAGGUACUUUAGUAGAUUUCAGAGGCAUGACAUUAGUGAGGUUUCGUAGGUGUACAAGCUGGUGAAGAUUUACUGCUGCACAGCACCACGACCGCAUCUCUUUUGCAUUCAUGUGUCAUUGGUAUGAGUAAAAAAGAGGAUAAACUACAUCCGGUGCUGCUACUUUAUUUAAAAUUCUGAGGUAAUUGCUAGCACUCCUGUACUAGUUGACAGGCAACAUGAAUGCGUUGGCGUUGCGUCUUGUACACCAAAUGUGGGACGUUGGGUAUAUGUAUCCAAGAAAAAUGAAUCGGCGUUGGUAGUUCACGACGAGCAGUAUAAGUAUUCGCAUGCUACGUUAGUACUCUCUCUACUUUGUCACACUUUGCAUUUCCGAGGAAUAGGAAAACAAGUAUUCACGUAGUCAACAUAAAGAGCAUUUGCUCAGAAGUCUGUGGUGCCUCACAGAUACUACACGGGAAAAGAAAACUUUACCGGAUAAAGUUGUACUGGCGGUCUACCGUCAUCACAACCUCUUGGCAGCAUGCUUUUCUAGCACUAAAAUGCACUCAUGCUUUUCUGCAACACAAGUAUGACUUCUGCUUUAUUUUUUUACGACCUACCAGCGCCCAUUUUUUUCUUGGAUAGCCUUUAUUUUUUUCCAUAUGAUACCCCAGCAUCAUCCACCGCAGUAGUAUCCAAAAAUCAACUGGUAUCCACAGGAACAUUCUCAUCCCCUUCAGUAGUUUUUGCAAUGACACACACACAGGGACGCCCUGCCCUUAGUUUACCAACAUGACAAAUGCAGGCUUUGCUUCUUGUGCCCGGUGUUUUGCAUGAAAAGAAAUUGCAAUUGGAUGGGGAUGAGGAUUUUAUUGUGGAUACCUGGGACCACUCGUGCAGCAGAACUAGUAGGGUUGCUCAAGAGCAGAGUCUAUGUCCAUUCUGGAGGCACGUGCGAUAAGUAUGCUCUCGCAUUGCAAGAACUUCUACAUCGACCGUUUUUGAAGCUAUUUAGAAAACUUCACUUUAUAUUUUGCGUUGCAGUGGGGCAUGCAUUUAUAGGACUUUCCAUAUUAGCCUUCCGCUAAAAACGUCACCCGUUGGCCGAGGUCGUUCGCGCAGGCACACCGACGUCGUUCGCGCAGGCACAGCGACAACCCUAUCGGGAACAGCGCCGCAAGAAAAACAGCCGGCGCAGCGUCAGCGUCGUCACCACCACCACCUCUUCCUCCUCCACCACUUCUUUUUCUUCGUCCAAUCCGGCGACCGACGGUUGCGACACGGAUGACGCACGGUUUGGUGCCCCCCGCGGCGUUGCGACUUGCUCACAACCGUCGGUCGCCGGAUUGGAGGAAGAAAAAGAGGUGGCGGUGACCUCAGUGUCGUCACAACCAACGCCGAUGCCGCCGUUGCAACCGUCGCCGGGGCGGGGGCGUUUCCGGAUUGAUUGGAGGAAAAGAUGAUGGCGGUGAUGAUGAACAGUACUAGUGAUGGGCAAUUGCUGGCGCUGUACUGGCUGUUUUCUUGCAGCGCCGCUCCCGACACGAUUGUGACUGUGCCUGCGCGAUCGACGUCGGCCAACGGGUGCCGUUUUGAGCGGAAAGGGAAAGCGAAUAUUAUAGGAAGUCCCACAAAUACAUAUCAAAGAACAAACUUCUUGCACUACAUCAAUCUAGAACUGCCUAUGGCAUUGCGCCAGUAACAAAUUCGCCAAGGGCCGCCCUUUCAAGAAAUUAUUGCAUUUCAAUUGCAACGCGCGAAUGCAAGCCUUCUGAGCAGUAUAGCUCGCGCAAGAAUUAGUGUGGCUCUGCCCUUGAAUACAUGCGGAAUCUCGUGCAAGAGCUCCUCUGCCGUCAGAGUGGGAUCGAUUGAGCUGUUGCAGCUUGUGCAGUUACGUAAAGCAACUUUUGGGGCACCGGACCUAAGGACCACCCGGCCGGGUGGUCCGUAAGUCCGGUGCGGACCUAAGGAUUAGGUUUGUGACCCUCCUCUAAGUAUGCUCUCGCUUUGCAAGAACUUCCACACCAACAGUUUGAGUUUGUAAGAAAAUGAGUCCCAGUCUGAGCGUGCAUAACGACCAACCGGCGCUGCACCAGGAGGUUAUCCAAUCUGAAAUGAAAAUCGUGUUGUAGACGAUAUUUCUACAUAGCAAGUGGCCUUUAUCAAUCAUCGAAAUGGAAAUUGUGAUGCAUACACAAGAACACUCGAUCACCGGUGAGCUGUCCCCUGAUCUUGACCAUUUUUCUAGUCCUACUGUUUUGGAAAAGGUUUUUUAUAAAGAUGGACCUGGCAACACCAACAUCAUGAAGAUGCGAGAACAGGACGUGGAGAUGAACGACAACUACCAGAAACAAUGUGGUCGAAAAGAAGACGCAGUAUCAAGAUGGUAAGUAGGAUGACUACACACACAGCUUCCUUAUUUCAGUUUUAUGACGGUGCACAACUACUCCUUCUCCCCCCCCCAUGUGGAUUCGGAUCAAGGCUGCAGGACUUAAAGUAUGUAGAUGUAACAAAAAGAAGAUAAAGAGGAUGGACAAAUAUUAAGGUGGUUCUACUGACUCUGACAAUGAUGCAUCAGGUGGCUAUACUAAGUAGCUUCAUGAUCAUCUGCACGGAGAUCAUGGACGCGGAGAUAUUGAACAAGGUGCGCGCACUGAGAUUUGUCGUCGUCGUUGUGCCGAGCUUUCUUGUCCUGCAAACAAUGUCAAUGCUACAAACUGAAUAGCAAGCACUCUAUUGCUUUUGCAUCACAAAUCAGUACUGAAAAAUGAAGGGGACCACGAGGAGGGGGAGUAGUUGUGCAACGUGAUAAGGCCGAUAACCACGGAUUUGCUUUUCCGCAACGACACCGAGGUACGAACAGUGAAAAGCCGCGAGUCCUCUCGAAGCAGCAGCUCGAGUAGUUUGAUUUAUUUGUCAUGCCAAAAUGCAAUAGAAAUUGAAAGAGAUUGACAACUGCAAUUUUGCCUACACCGAGCACGCAAGUGAGGAAAUUUUCCGUCGCUAUCGCAAUUGCUUGUAGUAGUUUUUGCAUGACACAACAAGGAGCAAUAACUUCGAACACUCGCUUCAUUUGGCCACAAUUAUACGGGAAGAUAUCCGAUGCAAAUUUUAUGCCUGGUUGGUGAGAGAACGUGUUGGCUCCUGCUCUGUGAAUUAUCAUUCAUCGAUCUACUAGACUUAUCCUUGUUGGCGUUCAAGAUAGGAAGAAUUUCGUGAACUAGAGUUCUAAGAAGUUCAAGUUGCUGCAAAUUACACUAUGGAACAAUGACAACAAGAAAAUAUUGUCCAUUCUACUCUACAUCUACGAACGUACAACAACACUCGUCUCUGCGCCGACCACGUGUACAAAUUUGCGAUGCAUAGCUCAUGAAGAUGUCGGAAACGCCAUAGCGCGGCUGCUGAACACCAAGGAAAACGUAUCACGCAGAAUCAACGAUAUGGAUGUGUCAGAAUUGAAAUCGACAAAGUUGAAAUAAUUUGUGAUGCAUAAAAUCUAUACCAGUUGGACCCACAGUUUCCAAUCGGCGCAUGACAAAUUUUCCUGGCCUCUGAAGCAAGUCUGUCAUGCUGUUUAGGGCAAGGUGGCUGCUCCCUGUCAUGCUAGUCAGCAGCCCAAUUCUUGACCCUUGCCAGCACUAGAAUCUGCCUCCCUUGCGCCUUCAGCAAUAGAGUCAGUCUUUGUGUCGCAUUUUAUGCAUGAAAAAUCAUUUCAACUUUGUCGAUUUCAACUCUGACACCUCCAUAAACGACGCAUAGCGGUUAUAAUUCUAGAACACCGCGGCCAGUGUUUUGGUUUUUGUCAUGCAAGCUUGCUUCCCCUUCGACUUACACAGAUGAAACAGAAGUAGACUGACUAAUGAGAUUACAAGGUCUCAAAAGGACAUUCUAAGGCGACAGCGCCGAACAGAAUAAAUCCAUCAGACUUGUGUCUUGUACAACCUCAGCUGCAUCGAAGAUGUCGGCUGUGCAUCGUUUGCGUUUGUCUUUUUCUUAAUAAUGCGUGUCCUGCUCUACUUGCAGGGGAAAAUUGUCAUGCAGUUUUUGUAUCUUGGAACGUAAAACAGAAAUCUACAACUUUGAAGCUAUGUUAUGAAUGAAUUUUCUGUGUUAUCAAAUGCAAAAAUGUCUGGGUCUGGAAGGAUGCGACUUGUGAUGCUGAAUUUGGAUUCUACAAAAAUCUGUAUUGCAUGAACAGCAAAAGAGGUCCUGUUUUUGCCACGGCGAGGGGGCAUUUCUCAUGCGGUAUAGGCAUCAGGAAGCCCUCACAAAAUCUGUGAUGCUGGAGCAUGCGUCACAGACUUCAGGAGUCAUGCAAAGUGGCCAUGACAAACCUCGCAUCCUUCCAGACCCAGACACUUUUACAUUUGAUAUGUGUGAUACGAGAACAAGGAGCAUCCAGACCAAGACUACGAUGUGUUUAUGCUACGUAAAAAAAGAAUCACCGUAUUAAAAAUCUUUCGAAUACAAAUGUUCGGAUGCAGUACAGAUGUGCACAAGUGCAUGACAAAUUUUCGUAUGGAUGCAUGUUUGGCAUGACAAGAUUCGUCACAGCGUACUACUAACUUCUUGUGGGUACUAGUACUCGAACAGAUGCUGGUGACUCUUUUUUUACACCAUGAUAGUAGUAGACGGCAUGCCAUUGGAGUAUGGACUGCUCAGAGAAGUUGGGGCAAUCUCAAGUUUUCCAAAUUUUGCAGAACUUCUUGUAGGAACAAGAACGUUGCUCUCUUUGUUUUCCGCAAAUCUUCGAGAAGUACGUGUCAUAAUACGCAUAUUGUCAUGAUGAUGAUUGUCAUUUUUGCAUUACAGCUUGCAUCAGCUGUAGUUGUACCUAGUUGCGCGUCGUGCUUGAGUCGUCCUAAAUAAGGUGUCUAGUUGUAUUUUUGUCUUUUGUGCAACUACACACAAGCCCUAGCCGGAUAACGACUUGCAUUAAACUUAAAGAUGGUAACAUAGUACUUAAAUAAAACCGACCUGUUUUCCCUUGAUUUGCAUCGUUCACGAUCAGUUUGAGAUUGUCCCGAAAAGAAAUUGACCCGGUGAUACAGAACCCGCCACGGGCUGCUAAGUCGGAGAGCGGAGAAGCAGUAGCAGUUCGAAGAACUACCACGACGUCGAAUUUGAUGUAUUGA